GUUGGCGCUGUUACUUUCUGCCGUGUUCUGCGCUGUUUGAUCGCGGCUUUUGUGACUCGUUAUCUAAACACUUCGCAGUUUCUUGGAAGGAGAUAUUGCGGCUCGCAGUAAUGGCGCAAGAUACACAGUCCAGGUUGUCACUGGAAGAUGCGAAAGCCGUCCUGCAGAAGGUCUUGGAAGCGUUUCUGACCCCGGAGAACAAGACUCGUAUGGAGGAGGUAAAGGAUGCGGCGGGCAAUGACAUGAUGAAGAUGAUGCAGGUCGUGUUUCCCGUGGCAACGCAAAUCCAGAUGGAAGUGAUACAGAAAUACGGCUUCUCAGCAGAUGGUGAAGGUGCAGUAAAGUUUGCCCAGCUCAUCCGACAUUACGAGACAAUGGACAGCACCGUAGCUGACCUCUCCGCCCAACUCAAGGCCAUAUUUUUGCCCCCAUUGCCGCCCCCUGUGCCCACACAAAGCCAAGCGUCGGUAGCAUCUUCCUCGUGAUCAUUACAAAGAAAUCGAAAGGCAACCCUAUCCUGCCGAAUGACCAAAAAGGCUGUCCGCGGUUUCUGGUAGCAGCCUGUCCAAAAAAUGGCUUUCCGGAUCAGAUUGUCAGGGUUUACCAAAUUGGCAUUUGAAUGCCAUUGAGAAACUGGGGUGUAUGUUCAGGACCACUAGCCCUUUGUAGUUUCAGUGUGGAAAUUUUCACAUAUAUCUAAGCAUUCUAAGCCCUGAUGAGAGCCUGCUAGGGCUCAACUUUCAGUUCCUUUGUUGACGUUGGCACUCGUCUGUUAUUUUAAUUUUCUGAAUAACUUUUGUGCAACUCGCAGCUCCUCAAAUACUUGCCAAUUUAUGCAAGACCACCCUUUUUAACUAGCAGGUGGAGUUUCGAAUCUGGGAGGAUAUUGGAAAUCCCAGAAAGUGCAAUUUUGGGAAAUAUUUAGUAUAGUUACUUUGUUGCACGGGGGUCAAUUGUGAUUUAAAAGCAUUCCCCCCUAAAAGAAACAAAUUACAAAAGUUAAAACCUGAGUACUUUGAAGCAUAAUGUAUGCAAACAUAUUCACAAAUAUGCACACUAGUGGCUUAAAAUAUGUGAAUACAUUUGUAUUUAAACUUCAAAGGAAAAUUAUAGCAAAUUUAGGAUAAUUAACUGGACUCUAAUUGGUAUUUAAUCAACUGUGAGAAGCAGUGUCCAAGUAUAGUUUUUACUUCCGGUGUUCGUCGUCCCAAACGGCAAGUCUUUCUAUGCAUUUUUUCAAACGUUUAAAGAACACUGCAUUUCGCACUUUUUAUAACUUCUCUUUGGGGCUGUUGGGUCCGGUUUGUUUUAUUUUGAGAUUUUCAAAAUGUUUUAUUGUCAAAAUGAAAAACUGUUAAUAGUAUUCUCCGAUUUCACUUGAUCCAAAGUUACCACGUGGAUAUUGCAUGUGUCCAAUAUACAAAUGUAAACGGAGUCACCUCAUCUGGAGUGAGUUUUUCCUCGUUCGUGAGUUUUGAAUUAAUACAUGUUGUAGAUUUUACAAUAAAUCUCAAAGGUGAUAAUGAU